AUGGGACUGAAAGGUUUGGAUCGCGUAGAAGAUUCUGAUGCUUUGGGGAUUGAUAUGACUGUGACCGGCCUCCAAAAGUCGGGGAUAGUAGAAGUGCAAAGUGAUUCAUGUGCAAUGGAGGUGAUUGCCCCGGCUAGGAAAGCAACAUCAAAUUGGAGGAGUGCUGAAGGUAAAUCAUCCGGACCUGCAGCAGAAGACGAAUUGCAACUAUUUAAAAGUUUUAAUACAUCACAAUUCGAGAAUGGUUCCACAUUGCGAAUAUUGUGUGAUUAG